AUGUUGACUGAAUAUGAUUCCCAACAAGCUCAUCAUGAUCACCGUCAUCAUCAACAGCAUGAUCAACGCGAUUUCGAUCAUCAAGAUCAACGAGAUCAGCAACAACAACAGCCACCACGUUUAACAGGAUUGGAACGUGGUCGAGCUAUUCGAUUGAUGCGAAAUGGAGACUUAUAUUUUCCCGGACGUUCGUUUGUUAUCAAUCAACGUAAAUAUCCUAUGCUUGACGUUUUCUUGGACGACGCAUCGCAAGCAUUAAACGCCAAUUUCGGCGCUGUUAGAUGUAUUUACACCCCGAAGAAUGGCACUCGAUUACAUGAUAUAUCCGAAUUAGAAGAUCAUCAAACAUAUGUGGCUGCGGGAGCUGAAAAAUUUAAAAGACUUCAAUAUUAUGAUAUCGCAGAAGGUAAAAGACCUGCUAUCAAAGAUCGAACACCACCUAGACUUCCACCUGUCCGUCGGUUUGAUAUUGAAGGACGCGCAUUGAAAUUAUCUCGGUCGGAAAAUGUUAUUAUUUACGUCUAUCGAAAUGGUGAUCCGUUAACAUUACCAGCAAAAAUUCUUUUGGUCAAACCGACUUUACAAAAUUGGGAAUCAGUUUUGGAUGAAAUUACCCGAAAAGUCUCUCUCACCAGCACAGCCGUACUGAAAUUGUAUACAAUGAAUGGAGAGUUAGUAACGUCAGCACAACAGUUGGAAUAUGGUGGAAUGUAUGUUGCGGCAGGAAAAGAACGUUUCAAACGUAUCGAUUAUCCAGAUCCAAAAUCUUUUAGUCCAAAUUCAUCACCGAAAAUGUCAAGAAAAUCUGAUUAUCCGCGAAUAAAAUUACCUGUUCGACAAAAAAGGGUAGAAGAUUAUGAUUAUCAUCCAUCAUCAUCUAAUACGCAUCAUACGAUGCAGCAAAGAUAUACAAAAUCUGAUGGAACAAAUACACAUACAGCAACAACAGCAAAUUCGCAUGGUAGUAAUGAAUAUGGUGGACAUCGACGACCUGUUCGAGAAGAAAAUGACUUUUUCAAUAACAAACCACAUUCAAUUCGACGUGGCCCAACACAAGAAACAGAUCUUGACCGAGAUGAUGGAGGUAUAUAUAAAGGUCGUUUAAAUCAUCGAGAACGUGUACGGGAAAUUGAUGACACACGUGACACAAAAGUUGAUCUACCUGUCGAUUAUCGAGAGAUUGAAACCGUUGAAGACGAAAACUAUUAUGGAAACACAGAAAAAAAUGCUCGCCGUCAGCACCAAUCGAAAUCGAAUCAACCCGUUGCAAAUUCACGUCGACGUUCGCCACCAGUACGAUCAGUAAAGACACCGCCGAAGAAUUAUCCUCGUGAGGAUAAAGACCACGAUGAAGAAGAUCGUAAGAUCAAUAAGAAUAAAUCUGAAAUGAACAAUGGUCAUCAACAACGUAGCAAUAAUCAUAGAAUGAACGGUAAUGGAUACGAAAAUGGUAAUCAUCGCCGUACACCUCCUCAAAUUGAUGAUGAUGAUGAUGAUGAAGAUAAUAAUCGAGACGAACAACAAAUGACUCGCUUUCAUCAUCAACAAGAACAGUUUGCACCAUCAAAGAAACAGGUUAACCAAGAGGAUAAGGAUCAUGCUGCAACGGUUAUUCAAUCACAUGUUCGUGGCUAUUUCACACGUAAACAAACUCAUCACGAAAAGCCAAACGAAUCUGAACAACGUCACAAUGGUUACAAUGAUCAUGACAAUAUCUAA